AAAAUGUGAAUGCGAUUCCAAUUUUAAAGUUUAUUUAUAUGUUAAGAGAUACAUGGAUGCCUUUUGAAUACGAUUCCUGUGUUUGAUGUGCGUUAAUUUAGAUCAAAGACCGCUCACGUUAUGCGAGAAUUUUCAUGUUUCUCACAGUGUUUGGACGAAACGCAGUAGCCUGCGUGCAUGAUUUGCACACACAUAUCGCGCCAGCAUGACCAGCUGGCAGAAUUAACGGUGUUACAAUGCUGUCCUCAGCACUGACUACAAUGAGAAUGGGAGAACUACCAGGAUUCUCCCUUCAUCUGAUCACAACAGCUAAGAUUAAGAGCUUUGAUGAAAUGUUUGAGGAGAAUGUGACUUGGCUACAAGAAGUUUUAGAAGAUGCAAAGAAACAAUUUGGCAGGGAAGAGAUGGCCAUGUUUCCUAAGACCCCAGUCCUCAGAAGAAGACGACAGCGAAUUCGGCGAGUAUCUACUAUCCACAAUGAAGAUAUUGAUUGUCAACUUCCAAAGAAGAAUAAAAGAAGCAGCAGAGCAUCUAUCCUUGGGAAAGCUUGUCAGUCUCGUCAGUCAACUGUACCACUUAGACGAAGUGCUCGUAACUCAGCCAGAUCAACAAUUACUGCACAGAAUGGCACAUCUCGUACCCGUACCUCAAAGAAAGUCCAGAUUCAUGAAAAUACUGUUGAACCAGUGCAGGGCUUGAACUCAUCAGACACAAGUAGUUGCUCAGAUGAUGUUGAUACCACUAAGAAGGCAGCCUUGAAAGAUGAGCCCAAAAGGAGCUCAGAUUCAAGUGUGAUCACAACGACAGAAGCACCAAUGGACACUGAAGAAUGUGGCAAUCAAGCCACAAGGGCUUAUGAUACAGUGGCCAUCAAGUCUGACGAUCCAUCCAUUGGAAAGAAUAUCAAACGUAAUGCUGUCUCCAAAACCAAGAAGGGAUCCAAGAAACUCCGACUGAAUAGUGGGGAAGCUGUCUCGACCGUGUCUGAUAGCUCCAUCUCUGAUGAGUAUGAAACCAAAAGCAAAGCACAGUUACAGAUGGUCAAGGAGAAUUCUUCAUCAAUUGCUCUGAAAGGCACAGAGCAAAAGGAAGAAACACUGACUCGACCUGGAUCUACGGCAACUUCUAAGACCGAACGUCCCAAACGCAAGAAUGCUGCCUCACGGUACAAAGACCAUGUGAAACGCCUCAUCAGUCAUCACGAACACCUUAUUGCAGAACAGGUAACCAGCUCCGAUGAUGAGUUCCAGUCGCCAAAACAUAAGCAAGUUGUGAGAGAAGCUGUCCAGAAAGCCAAGCAACCAGUCCCAGCCAAGAAGAACAAGCGUAAGAAUGUGAAGGAAGAGGUCAACCAAGAUGCUCCAGAGAAGCCAGAAUGCAUCAGUGAGGAGAAGAGCGAUGAUGAAGUCUUUGACAAUGAGAAUGCAGUGAAUAAUUCUAAAUCAAAGAAAGAGGAGAGUCCAGAGAAGAUGCAGGAGCAACCCUCAUCCCUGCCUAGUCCUAUUGUCCCGGAGCAGGAGUCCAUUCCUGAAACUGUCAAGAGUGAUGAAGGGACAGCCGUCAAGGAUGUUGACAGUGUAGAAUCAAUAAAGCUACGAUUCAGUGAAUCUGAAGAUGAGAAUCAACAGCAAGAUUCCCAAGAUGAGCAUACAGAUGAUGUAAGGAUGGAAGGAGAUGAGCAAAGUGUAGCCGAGGAUAGUCUUGAUCAACGUAGUAUUGCAGAAGACAGUCUCAAUAAAGUAAAUACACCUGACAACAGUCCUAAACAGCUACAAGAAGCAAGUCCAAAGCCGGCUGAUAUGACCACCGACAGCCUUGAUCAACAGAAUAUGACUGAAGAUAGCCUCAAUCACAAUGAUAUGUCUUGUGAUAGUCUCAACCAGUCUACAUCAAAAGCUCGUAUGACUCGUCAGAGUCUCCGUAAGAACUUGUCACUGUCCACACGUCGCUCAUCAGUUGCUGUCAGUUGCUCCAAGAAACGUUCUUCUGUGUAUCGGCAUAGGACCUCCAUUAGGAAGUCUCUACAUCAUUCUGUUCGCAAUCCUUGUAGCACUCGAGCAAGCACCAGAGCCAGUACUAGACGAGCUACAGUGGAGCAGGUCCUUCAAGAAAGCAUUGAAACAAGCUCCCAAGAUGUCAUGGAGGAGGUGUUACCUGAAGAAGAUGCUCCAGUUUCUCCUAAUGAUAAAGAAGCAACACCCCCAAAGCGCAUGUCCACACAUCCACCCACUAUCAACCAAGAAACGCAGCGAAUAACAAGGGCUGCCUCAAGGAUUGCAGAGAAUCAGAAAUCAUCCCUUGAGAAGCAAGAUGAAGUGUCUGAUUCCCCUAAGUCUAUGGACUCUACACCAGAUAACCAGUCUCAUGAUAAUUCAUGUUCCUCUGAUGAUUUUGUCAGCAAGACACCUUCACCUAAAUGUCCAGCAAACAAGGUUGUGCGCCCCCGAGCAACUUUCCUGUCCUCAGGGAAGAAGGAACCAAGAUAUCUCAACAACCUUCAUGGGAUGGUAUCCUCAUUCAUCAAGAGAAACACACCACAAAAACAAACUGCAACAGAGCGACAGCAAGAAAUCAAGAAAAACAUUCUGAACAAGCAGAGACGAGAUGAAGAGAUCCGACGUAAGCUAGAAGCUGAAAAACAAAAGCAGCGAGAAUUACAGAAAAGAAAACGUGAAGAGAGAAUAAAGAAAGUGACAGAGGCGCGUGAGCGUCGGGCAGCCAUUCAAGAGCAGAAACGACAAGAGAUGGAACAGAAACAGCUACAGAUGAGCAGACAGACAACCAAGAAGAUUGAAGAUAAGAAGCAAGAGGAGAUACUAAGGAAGCAACUACAGAUAAAGAAGAAAGCAGAGGCUGAAGAACGCCGCAGGCAAGAAGAGCGAGUACGGAUGAUGAAGAUCAAGGAACAGGAGGAAGAACAGAGGCAGCAUCAGGAGAUGAUUCAACGUAAGAAGGAGUUUGAAGAACAGGAGAGACAACGUCGUAUUGAUGAAGCAAGACGUCAACAGGAACAACGUAGAGGUGAGAUGGAACGUCAGCGGCUUGAGGAGCUACAGAGACGAAGAGAUGCAGAACUGGCUAAGGAAAGAGAGAUGGAACUACUCAAGGAAGAAAGAGAGCGGGAAAGGAAGGCCGAGAUGGAACGUAAGCGAGAGCAAGAGAGAUGGGCCAGGGAAGAAGCUUUGGAGAAAGAACGACGUAUUGAAGCAGAGAGGUUGGCUCGUGAAAAAGAAAGACAGCAGGAUCAGAAACAUCUGGCUGAAAUUAUGCAGCAAGAGCGUGAACGCCGAGAACUAGAGAGACAAAAGGAACAAGCAGAACAUGACAGAUUAAAGGCGUCCAUUUUGAAGCAUAACACCAGUGCCUGUCUCAAUACCAGUUCCUGUCUCAAUACCACGGUGACCAAAGAUACCUCACCGACGAGCUACGACAUGACCCCACGGAGAGUACCUUUGCCUUCAACUUCGGACAAUUAUAACAUUGAUGACUUGGAAAGCGGUGACUCAACAGACGAAGAAGAUUCACCCAGGAAGACCAUACCAUCUUGGGCUCAAGGAGCUGGUUUGAAGGCAGCAUUGAUCAAGCAGUUUUACCAUCCACCACCCAACCUAGACACCAUGUUUGGACCUCUCCUGCCACCAGAUCUUAGCAUCAUCUUUGCUAAGAAGAGAUCUCGCUAUUUGAAGAGAACAAGUUCUGCUGUGUGGGACUCCCCUCUGUUGAAGGCUUGAAUAUCAGCCAGUCCUUCUCCUGUCGGUGAAUAAGCUAUAAAGAUUUGUACAUCAACAUGUAUCAUACUGUUGAUCAUACAUCAUAUUGUUGAUAUGUCAGUACAUGUAUAACAAAGUGAUAGUAGUGGAUACAUUUUGAUACCCAGACUCUGUGAUCACUGCGUUGGCAGCAGUGGGCACUUUAGGAGCACUGGUUGCUAAUUAUCGGAAAAGCAAUAAAAAAUGAAAAAUGGCAAUUAUUCCCUACCUUUUGACAACGCAUUUCUUGUGGAUUGUUAGCUGAAUGCAUUUAUUCAGAUUAAUGUUAGUCUUGGGAGCUUCAUGUUACAUGUCAUAAUUUGCUGGGAGAAGUAAAAAUGGUUGUAAACAUUUGUGAAUAAAAAAAGUACAUUGAUGUAGUUAUUUGUUUAAACACAAACAUAUCGUCACCGUUCUCACGAAGUGACACUAAUGUCCAAAAAAUGAAGUUUUGUUGAUUUCCAUUUUUUUCAAUAUUCUCAUUUACAAUCUUGACCAGUUUGACAUGCUCCCACAAACAAAACAUCAUUGAUGUCAUAGUUGAAUUAAUGUUGCCGAGGUCAAGCAUCUUGAAAACAGCAUUUUGCAUUUUCACGAAGAGACGCAAUGCUUAACGUGCUUUGAACAUGUACAAAACGUAUUACAAGGAAACGGCUGAAAAGUAGGUCAACCAGGGUUUUUGUUUUUACGCAGUGACGUUAGCUUUGUUACGUUCACAGUUGUGCACGCGUAAAGACACGAUCACCUUCCCUGUGACUAUUAUACAUUGAACAGAAGGACGUUCAUGUACAAAAAUGUAAUUUUCGUUUUCACAAAGUGACGUUAACCAUUGCUCAAUUAAUUUUGGCGAAUUAACCCAUUUUCAUACUACUUGCUCGGGUUAAGUGAACGAUUAGACAUCAGAGAAUCAUUUAAGAGACUUUUGUUACAUGAAGUUGUCACAAAAUACUUAGUUUGUCUUAGUUUUUAUUAAGGAAGAACUUCUAUAGCAAUUAUCUGGAAAACCUAUUUUUCCUCAAAAGCCACAUUAGCGACACUUCCUGGUAGCGGUGACGAUAUAUGUGGUGAAUAUGUGUGGUGAGGCGGGUCCUAUGUAUCUAGGGCCCGUUUUUUCUCACUGAACUAGAUUUCAAUCGGUAAUCCCAAGGCUGGUUGUUCCAUCCAUUAGGCAGGUUCUGGUGUCAUUGAACCAAUGACGGAUUACUUGUCGAGAUCUGGAUCUGUUGGAAACAAACGGGCCCCUAUUUUAUAGCUAUAACAAGACACUUGAUAAAAAGAUGAUCACAAUUGUAUUUGCUUUUGUGUGUGUGUGAACACAGACCUUUUGACCUUGGAAAAUGUGUUAUUGAUCAUUUAACACUCAUGCUAAAUGCAUGAGGAGGGUGAGGAUUUUUCCCAAUCUCAGUUUUGUCUCUGUGCCAGUCCUAAAGCCAUAAAAUCGUGCAAAACCCAAGAAUCAGUGUGUUUUUACAGGAUGAUAGGUGGUUUGGGUAAGGAAAACGCUAUGUAAAUAUAGGCCUGAUUGACUUUAAUUGCCUUUGAUUGCAGCCAUUUGUUCCUUUGAUUGUUGUAUAAAGUGUGACAAGAUGUAGACUUAAAUUAAUUAGAUUACAAAAAAUGAAAUGCUGUACUCUAACUGAAAAGUUGGUAGUUAUUUAACAAUCUCAGCCUUACAUUGAAAUGUACAUAAUAUACAUGUAGUAACAGAAACAUGCUCUCAAAGUAAGAUACAUGUAAGUGUAAUCCUUUGCUUGAUAUGAUGAGUAGCUGGUGGCGUGUAAGAUGUACAUUAAUAUUAAUUUUUUUGGGAUCCAGUAGGGUGGAUGUCUCGUCCGGGAAUAUCUUUAACAUUUAGUGCACACAUCAUCUAAAUCUGUCCACAUUGUUUGGCUAUACAUCCUGUAAUUACCCCGGUAAUUUUAGGUUUCUUCUGUGAUUAAAUGCUCGAAUGUUGAGUUAUAGACA